AUGGCCGGAGGAGGAUUUUCUACAGCUCCCGCGAACGGAGUGGUGUUUGAGGCAAAGAUAACUCCUAUAGUUAUCGUCUCUUGCAUCAUGGCUGCUACCGGCGGCCUCAUGUUUGGGUACGACGUUGGUGUCUCCGGUGGAGUGACAGCGAUGCCGGACUUUCUGAAAAAGUUUUUCCCGGUGGUCCACCGGCGAGUAGAAGCCGGCGCCGACAAAAACAGCAACUACUGCAAAUACGACAACCAAGGACUACAACUCUUCACAUCAUCUCUAUACCUAGCCGGUCUAACCGCAACGUUCUUUGCUUCAUACACGACGAGGACACUCGGAAGGAGGCCAACGAUGCUCAUAGCCGGCGUUUUCUUCAUCAUCGGUGUGAUUCUCAACGCGGCGGCUCAAAACUUAGCCAUGCUUAUUGCAGGCCGGAUAUUGCUUGGUUGUGGCGUUGGGUUCGCUAAUCAAGCUGUUCCGUUGUUCUUGUCCGAGAUUGCACCUACUAGGAUCCGUGGUGGUCUUAAUAUUCUGUUUCAGCUUAACGUCACUAUUGGUAUCCUCUUUGCCAAUCUUGUCAACUAUGGGACCGCCAAGAUCGAAGGAGGAUGGGGAUGGAGAUUAUCGCUAGGUUUGGCCGGAAUCCCGGCGCUUCUCCUGACGGUGGGAGCUCUAUUGGUGACGGAGACACCGAACAGUCUCGUCGAAAGAGGUCGUCUCGACGAAGGCAAAGAAGUUCUCCGUCGAAUUCGAGGCACCGAUAAUGUCGAACCAGAGUUCGAAGAUCUCCUCGAAGCUAGCCGUCUUGCCAAAGAAGUCAAACACCCUUUCAGAAACCUCCUUCAACGCAGAAAUCGCCCCCAGCUCGUCAUCGCCGUCGCUUUGCAGAUUUUCCAGCAAUGCACUGGAAUCAACGCGAUUAUGUUCUACGCGCCUGUACUUUUCAGCACGUUAGGAUUUGGCAACGACGCUGCUCUCUACUCAGCGGUGGUCACCGGAGCAGUCAACGUCCUCUCCACUCUAGUCUCAAUCUACUCCGUCGAUAAAGUCGGUCGCCGAGUGCUUCUCCUCGAAGCCGGUGUGCAAAUGUUCUUCUCUCAGGUCGUGAUCGCCAUCAUCCUCGGCAUCAAAGUCAAAGACCACUCUGAGAACCUAGAGAAAGGUAUUGCGAUUCUGGUGGUGGUGAUGAUCUGCACGUACGUGGCGGCUUUCGCUUGGUCUUGGGGACCGCUCGGGUGGCUAAUCCCUAGCGAGACUUUCCCUCUGGAGACACGUUCCGCUGGACAGAGCGUGACGGUCUGCGUCAACCUGCUCUUCACUUUCAUAAUCGCUCAGGCGUUCUUGUCGAUGCUGUGCCAUUUCAAGUUUGGGAUAUUCAUCUUCUUCUCGUCGUGGGUUUUGGUUAUGUCUGUGUUUGUCAUGUUCUUGCUUCCUGAGACUAAGAACGUGCCUAUCGAGGAGAUGACGGAGAGAGUGUGGAAGAAGCACUGGUUCUGGGCUAGGUUCAUGGAUGAUCACAAUGAUCAUGUGAAAGUGAACGGUGAUGUAAACGGGAAGAAGAGUAAUGGUAAAUCUAACGGCUUUGACCCUUCGACACGGCUCUAA